AUGUGCUCCCGCGGGACCUGCCACGACUACGAGUCCUCCUGCCACAGAUCCCACUCUUCCUCCUACGUGACGCCCUGCUGCCCACCCGCGCAGCCCUAUUGCCCCCCUGUGCAGUCCUACUGCCCCCCUGUGCAGCGCUACUGCCCCCCAGCUCCCUUCUACCCCCAGUACUCCAAGAACAUCUGCAAGCUGCCACCGACGUGCCCCAAGUACUAA